AGCCAUGUGGGCUCAAGAUGUUGUGUUCUACAGGGGAACACGUGGAUGCCGCUAGUCCGCGGCUAGAUCCCACCAGUUCUUGCCAGGGCCUGAUCCCCCUCAGGCCCCCGGGUGCCUCCUGCUGCCCGCCAGGUGAGCAUGUGCGCGUGGCCCUCGCCCGGGUGUCCUCCACCCGCCGUUGUUCCAGCAUGGGAUAUGGUGGGAAUGCAGAGGGGGAGGAGGGGGAGGAGCAGGAGGAAGAGGACGACGAGGACGUUGGAUGCAAGUCAUGCGGGUACAAGAGAAAUUGAAGCACGAAGAUCGAGUGCUUCGAGUGCAAGACGAAACGCCGCCCGUCGAUCGGAGAACCACCGCCGCCUUCUGGAGUGUGGGCCCCGGAUUCAUCGAAUAUGUCGGGGAGGCCCUGUUACGGACGAAGCUGGCGUGGCUCGAGGACGUCGUGGCGGAGAGGACCACGUACCUGGUCGCACGGCGGGAAGCGCUGGGACGACUACACCCGGGUGGAACUCAGCACAAACACGGGCACUGAGGAAGACGGCACCAAGCAGUUGGUUUUUGCCCAGCCGACCACCCAUGACCUCACCGAGCAGCUCAUCGAGACCAACGCGGGGGACGCCAAGGAUCCCACCAUCGAGGCGACCACCGCCGCCUUUCAGCGCAAGGCAGAAAACGAGAAGGCAGCCAAGGCCACGCCCGCGGCUGCCAAGCCCAAGUCGGGCGCCCGGCUGCUCGGCGAGGCCAACCAGCCGCGCUCUCAAGGACAUCGGCUUCCGCACCACGAAGCAAAAGAACAAGCUCGCCGACGCACAGCUCUACCUCCACGAUGUCCAGGACAACAUGGACAAGCUCCUCUCGCAGAGGGAGGCGACCCUCAUCGCGCAGCGCCAGGCUCUCACUCAGGCGACUGCGGAGUCUGGCAUCGAGGUGGUCGCCCCCGCGUCCGAGCCAGCCUCGUUCAACACCAGGUUCGACUACGACGCUUCUCUCUUCGGAGACCUCGAGGAGUGCGACACCCUGGCCGAGGAGCGCACCAACAUCUUGCAAUGGCAGGAGGAGCUUGACGGGCUCCAAGCCGAGCACCUCGAGGACCCCCAGGCCAAGUUAAAGCACAUCCAGGAGAUCCACGAGAAGGCAAAGAAGGCCAUGGCAGCCCCCCAACAAAGUGUAAAGUUGGACCAGCCGACGGCGCUAAAGCAGAGGCCUCAGGAGAACCAGCAGCAGGUGAGCCCGCCGCCGCCAGCUCCCUGACCGGAGGCGCGACAGCUCCCACUGCCACUGCACCCAACAUCGAGGUGGAGAAGCAGAAGAUCCGCGACGUCAGCGCUGAGGCCCUCGCGCAGGCUGAAGCAGAGAGGGGCAAGCAGCGGAGUGAGAGCAGCGCGGCCAAACCCCAGUAGUCGUCGUCGUAGUCCUCGCUGUAGUAGUAGUAGUAGUAGUAGUAUAGUAGUAGAAAGCUCCAGAGGAUGAGGCCUCGCAGAUGUUUCUGAGGGCCCGCGCGGGGCGUUAGCUUCAACAGUCCUUGUCAGGAUGUAGCUUUCAGGAUAAAGCUUCUGUGCGCCAAGUGUCUGAUACAAGAUUUUUCACGAGAGCGCUGCUGGCGGGCGCCGCGGGGGAACAAUAAUCAGUUUACCUCUGUUUGUGGAACACCCAUCCGUCAAUCAGGUCGCCG